CGUAUUGAACCAGAAUGGCAGUCGUUAUUCGUUGCUCUUGCUUCCUAGCUCGCCCAUACUCCAUCCCUUCUCCGCCGUCCGACCUCCUCCAAUCCGGCAAUCUCUAUCUUCAUGGUAAGUUUGAUUCAUUUAUGUUUAAAGUAGAAAACUUUUCGUCAUCAUAUGGAGAUUGUUCCAGUGUACCAUCUCUUUUUCGCCGCAAGUUUAUUGGGAGGCAUAGUGUACAUCUUAGGCCUGCAAUGGAAGGACCCCCAAACUUCAUUCAAGCGCCACCUUUUUAUGAGAAAUUCUUCCAACAAAUUUCAGUUCAUCAGCCCAAUUUUAAAUUAAGAUCCUCAGCAAUGGCAUUUCUUGUUACAAAUGCCCUAAUGUGGACUAUACCUUUUGAAGCUGUAGCUGAAACAUGUGAGGCUGAUAACUCCAUUUACAACAUGCCCUUGUUGCUAGUCGUGGCUCUCAUCGGCGCCACUGUUGGAGGGUUGCUUGCACGACAAAGGAGAGGAGAAUUGGCACGGCUGAACGAACAAUUACGCCAAAUCAAUGCAGCUCUAAGAAGGCAAGCUAAGAUCGAGUCUUAUGCCCCCAGCUUGAGUUAUGCUCCUGUUGGUAGUAGAAUACAAGAUAAUGAAGUAAUUGUUGAUCCAAGAAAACAGCAAUUAAUUGCUCGAUUAAAAACUGGAAAGAACUUUUUGAGGAAUCAAGAUCCAGAGAAGGCAUUAGCAGAAUUUAAGGCAGCUCUUGAUCUUGCUCAGAGCAUGAAGGAUCCGAUAGAGGAGAAGAAAGCUGCGAGAGGCUUAGGAGCCUCACUGCAAAGGCAGGGCAAGUAUCAGGAAGCCAUUAAAUAUCACUCGAUGGUCCUUGCAAUCUCCCAACGAGUAGGAGAGGACUCUGGAAACACAGAAGCUUAUGGUGCAAUAGCUGAUUGUUAUACUGAAAUUGGAGAUCUUGAGCGAGCUGGAAAAUUCUAUGAUCAGUACAUUGCAAGGUUGGAAAAAGACUGAUCAGUUUGCACAACCCAGUAGUUUUACCUUCGCCAGCACAGUAGACAUCUGCUGGAGGAUGUGUAUGGAUUACCCAUGACUUCAUUUUCUUUGCUUUUUUUUUUUAAGAAAUAAAAAACUCUGCCAGUCACCUAAUGAAAGAUUUGUUGCCUGAAAUAAUUUAAUCCGGCUAUUAUUUGUUUUUCAUCC